CAAGUUCACCUCUAGACCUCCGCGGUCGCAAGACCGUUAUUGUUGGACCGAAAAUGGAGGACGGUUUUUCUUAAAGUGAAAAGAUCCACGAUUUUUGCAAUUCACCAAAAACAAAAAUCAUGUCCUCGGCACAUCAAAAUACGAACAACUCCGCCGCAAGCGGCCCCUUUCUGCGCGUGGCGCACGCUCGGAGUAGCAUUGGCAGCUUUUCAACAGGCAAUAGUACAGGUUCUGCGUCCUUUCGACGUACGUCGAAUGGGGGCAAUGGAAAUACUAGGAGGACAGGGGUUGCUGCGUCUUCGUCAACCUACGGCAGAAGUAAACAGCCGAGUCGGAGCGCCGCUGCAAGUCGGGGUAGUGCAAGCGGUUCUGGAGCUGGGUCUACUUUUUUGCCGCAGGAUAACACCCCUCACCGCCCGCUGCUUUCCGAGGAUAUCUACAUGUACGAGGGCAGCCACGCCGCGAGCGCAGCGGGGGAAAUUGUAAGCGCUCCCAACAACAACACUCCGAGCGAGGUCGGCCAGACCACGGGUGGCGAAGCGAUUUCCCCAAUCCGCGACUACGAUGUGGUGAUUGGGCGGAACAACUUAUGCCUUGGACGGUCGUUAACAUACAGAAGGGUGAAUUUGCAGUGAAUUUGUAUUGCAUGACUUGCAUUUAUUGCUUUAAAAGAGAAGUACGCAGCGCAAAGGGCUGGACACGAGCCCAAGCAGCCCACGCAGCGUGAAGGGCUGCUCGUCGCCCGCUGGCACUUGCAGCACCGAAAGAAGUGGUCUUGCGGGGGUCCGCCGGACUGUGUAGUGCAUAUGUAACCAAGCCCCAAAACCCGGAGUUUCUCGUGCGGUAGCGAAUUUUGAAUAGGCACCUUGGGCCAGAAUUCACCCACGGCUUUUUCAAAAUUCACCCCAAAAUUCACCGAGCCCCGUUUUUCGAUCGUGAUAAGCAAACUUUAGAGCAGAAAAGUGCCCAAAAAAGUGCACAGGUGGGCCCUGGGAAGUGGGGCCGAGGGGAAGAGACAGGCGCCCUCUGCUGCACUCAGCCCGUCUAUACUCUGCCGAAAAGGCCUGGCGAGUUCACGCGCCUGCCGGAUAGACGCGUCAAAGCUCUCUGUCUGGUCCUUUCGCCCUUGUUUUCUCGCCUUCUUGCCUAAUUUGCAUGCGCUUGCUCGCAGCCUUUCUUUUUGGCGUCUUUGCCGCGGCUGCUGCAGUGCUCUGAUGCAAGCACAGGGAGGCGCAUAGACAUGGCCAAAGAACGGCACCCAGGCCAUGUCUAGAAGAAGCUAGCUGCCCGCCGCAUAAGCCUUGGCAACUUCUGCGGUGUGCAGAACCCACUUCCCAGAAGGGCAAAAGGGACAAUGUCCCGGCGGACUCAUCUGCAUUUUGUCAUGCAAAAAUCACUACAGAUUCACCACUUCUCAUGCUAACGGGUGUUAAAGCUCUAGCCAACAACACCCAGAGUGGUGGCGAAGCGAUUUCCCCAAUCCGCGACUACGAUGUGGUCAUUGGGCGGAACAGCAGUAGUGGGUUAAGCGGAGCGGGAACUGUUACCGGUACGACAACCGGUGCUCGUACUUCCUCCGGUAGUAAAGGAGAGCUACCAGUCCGCAAUUCUCUCAAACGGCAGUACACCGGUGCACUGGCGGAACCUCUGCUGUCCGAAGAAGAGAAGCAACUGGCGAAGUUUGUGGUCGAAAACGAGCUGCCGGUUGGGGAUCUUCAUGCGGGAGAUGAUAACACGCCGCAAGUCGUGGAUCACCACGGUGAUGAUCACAAAACCGGCGCUAAACACCUCUUCCACUACAAUUCUUACCGGCUCCACAAAAAAUCGUUUCAAAGGUUAAAGAACUCCCUGAACACCGGCGGUGUGCAGCAACACCACCAGCGGAAGUACUGGUUAUGAACUGCAAAAGUAUCGUACUCGUAUAAAUGCAUUACAAAUUUCCUCAGCGUGAGAAAUAAAAUCUGUAAUGCGGAUUUACUUUCAAAGAAAGAUUUGUAAUGCAUGACUGCAGUACGAGUGCGAUGCUUUUGCAUUUCAUACUGGUGUCGGCGAAACAAAUACGAGUUUGUGGCGUUUUUGGACAGCUUUGAGGUCUUGGUCGCGGCAACCUGCUACAUGUUAUUCUGUCUCAUGCUCGGGACCUUUCACUACUACUUCUCCAUGAGCACCGCGAAGGUUUACACUGAUGUAGACCUGCAUCAUAACGUCUACGAGGACGACCUCAUUUCCUCCCACCGCAACAUUUGGAUCGACGGCAUGUACUGGGCGGUGGUGACGUUUACCACCGUGGGGUACGGUGAUGUCAUCCCCGGCAGCCCGCACGACAAGCAGAAUCCGCAGCAUUUGUGCAGCCCUGACAAUGCGUCGUACUGCCAUAUCGACGAAACCAUGCUGAUUGUGCUGAUUUGGUACAUGGUGGUGUCUAACAUCCUGAUCGUCGCUAUCUUGGGGAAUUACAUGGUGAACGCAACGCGGCAGUCGUCGGCUGUCCGCACGGGGAUUUACCGGGUCACACUGGUGGUCGUUUACUAUGCAUUUUGCAAAAGUUGUUGUACUAUCGUAUGAUCAUCGCAUGACAUUUGCAAUAGGAAAAUAGAAGAACUUGUCAUGCAGUGAUUCAGUGGGAGAAACUGAAACAGUGUCUGUCAUGCUAUCUCUGCGACCACACUCCGUAAUAUUACAACUUUUGCCAAGCAUACCAUUCUCAUCGUCGGCAUGUUUGGGUUUCACGUCACGGACGGGCGGUCAAGCGCGCACGAGAUGUUCUAUUUCGUUUCGGUCACCUCCACCACCGUUGGCUACGGCGACUUUGUGCCCGACGGAAACGAUGGGAAGCUGUUCGCGAUUUACGCAACGCAAAAGUAUCGUACCAGUUGGUAAUUAUCGCAUUACAAAUUUUUUUAGAAUCAGAAAUGGAACUUGUCAUGCGGAAACGAGUCGCAACAGCGCAUCUGUCAUGCAAGAUUGCGAUUACCACGACCACGAUACAACUUUUGCACAGGAUACGAUUGUGUACAUCACGAUGUCAACGAUCGUCGUAGCUUCCUCCAUCGCGGGACUGAUGGACUUGUUCGUGGAGUUGAGAAACGAAAGGUCGGUCCGAAGAUUUUUACUUGACGGAGAUAUCAAGCGAGAAUUACUGCGGCAGGCACAGCUGGAAACGGGGGAAACGGUCAUCACGGAAGCUGAGUACAUUUACUUCAUGCUCACGCAGGUGAACCUGUGUACCCCGGCGACGGUGACGGCGUUUAUCGUGAGGAAAAAUCCCCCUUCCCCAUACUGAAAAAGGAUACUUCUGAAAAUAUGUGAUGCUGAUUUGUGACCACAAAUUGUCUCUGUGUUGCUGGAAGGCAAAUCCAGAGACUCCGCUGCGUUUUGCAGGCAAUCUGUAAUGCUGUGUGGCCUACAGAGGACGCGCCUGCCUUGUUGGGCACCUACACCAAAACGCCCCUGCUCCGGCUUUGUAUCUGCCUGCAGUUCUCUACUGCAAGACAAAUCCGACUUGCGUACACAAAUCCCGCAUCGCAGAUUUCCACUUUGAUAUGGGGAGGGGGGAUCUUUCAUUUUGAUAGCGUUGCGGCUUUCCUUUGAGAUGGUCGCGGAGGAGGAACUGGAGGAAGAAUUAGAACAAGCGGGUGAUCAUGAACCACAGCACAACCUCACCGGCAACGUCGAUCUAGCGAAGCUGGAACACCUCGCAGCGAGACAGCUGCCGGAGGGGAGUGUGUACGAUGAAGAUGGCAGCAGUAGUGUCGCUAGAGCGACUAUCGCAAGAAAAAACUGUCUCAGUCUUAAAUCUUUGCAGAGCCAGCAAUACAAAUUUGCGAAGCAAGAAACAAAAAAUCUCUGAUGCGUUCAAACAGCAAUGGAAAACACCUCCUAUGAAGUGCGACUUUCUUCCAUCUCCGGCAUGACAAAAAACUGUUUCAAGGAAGUUGCGCAUUACAAGUUGAGACUGAGACUGUUUUUUCUCACGAUAGAGACCGAUCAGGCAGGUGGAAGCCGCUUCUCGUCCAAGGUGAGCGAAUACCAAGGCUUGCUAAGUAUCAAAUGCAAAUAUGUCUGGGUCUGGAACAUUCUAAACUUGUGAUGCUGUCUCUGCAUUCUGAAAAAAAUUGUAUUGCAUGACCAGCAAGAGGACUCUAGUUUGUGCUACGCGGAGCGGGCAUUUCUCAUGCUGUAGAGGUAUCACAAAGCGCUCUAAAAAUCUGUGAUGCUACGGCAUGCCUCACGGACAUCAUGGGUCAUGAAAAAUAUGCAUGACAAAUCUAGAAAUCUUCCAGACCCAGACACUUUUGCAUUUCAUAUUAAGGGGGAAUAGUACUACGAGUGCGGCCGGCGUGGUUACGGUCGACUUGCAGGCGGGUGGCGCAGAUGAUCAGGCGGAAGAGGAGGUGGACGAGGGGAAAUACUUGCUGUGAUGAAAACGGUCGGGUUAGUACUGGAAAACCUUUAUUUUUCGUCAUCGCUGGCGGGGUGGUUUUUUUGCACUAAGAGGUACUAUCACUAGAGAUGUUCGGGUUAGCAAACUUGAUUUGUUUUGAGUUGUUUCUACCAUUGGUAUUCAAACAAGCUAUCAGUUUCAGGCUUGUAGUUCCGUUUUUCGUUCAAAACAGUUGCAGAAUUUUUUUUUCUUAUUUAGCAAGAAAGUCAAAUAGCCAUAGAAAUAUGCACGCUACAACUAUGUUUCUCCUCUUUUGUUGCUUAUGGUUUGGAAAAUUAGCUUUUCGAAUUUGGAUAAUCUAGCUCCGCACAGAAAUUUGUAAAAUUAACGUUGAAAAGUAGGUACGUAAGUACACUUUGGAGAUGAGAAUGCUGUACACCAUGGAACCGAGAAUUUUUU